CCUUCUUUCAUCAAUGGAGGUGCUCAAACUCUUCUCCUUCCUCUGCCUUUUCUAUGUCCUUUGCUCCAAUCCAUAUCAGGUGACUUCCAGCAUCAAUUUGCAACGGAGGACUUACAUAGUCCACGUGCAGCCGCCGGAGUCGGCCGCUCCCGGCACCUCGUCGGACAGGGUGGUUUGGUACAGGUCGUUCCUCGCGACAGUCACGUCGGAGCUGCAGAUGAUCCACGCCUAUACCAACGUCGCCAGUGGCUUCGCUGCUCGGCUCACCGAGCAGGAACUGGCGGCCAUGUCACUGAUCCCCGGCUUCGUCCGUGCCUACCCUGACCGCAUGUACCGCCUCCAGACCACCCACACGCCGGACUUCCUGGGGUUGCACAUGCACCAGGGUUUGUGGAACCUGUCCAGCUACGGCAAGGGCGUCAUCGUCGGCCUGCUCGACACCGGCGUCUUCCCUGACCACCCUUCCUUCAGUGGCUUAGGGAUGCCACCGCCGCCCGCUAAAUGGACUGGCCGCUGUGACUUCAACGCGUCGAGCUGCAACAACAAGCUCAUCGGAGCAAGAACGUUCCUCGCCGGCGCGAAGGCCGCGAGGGGCGAAGCGUUUGCGUCGGAUCCCCCAAACGACGACGUGGGUCACGGGACUCACACGUCCAGCACGGCCGCGGGAGCCGCCGUGCCGGGCGCCCAAGUGCUCGGAAACGCCAAGGGCGUCGCGGUUGGCAUGGCGCCCCUUGCGCACCUCGCCAUGUACAAAGUGUGCGCCGAUUUCGGAUGCUUCAGCAGUGAUAUAUUGGCCGGGAUGGACGCUGCGGUGUCCGACGGAGUCGACGUCCUCUCGCUCUCCCUCGGCGGAGCCUCGUUACCAUUUUAUGAUGACUCGAUCGCGUUGGGCGCCUACGCUGCGAUAGAGAAUGGGGUGUUCGUAAGCUGCGCGGCCGGCAAUGGCGGGCCGGAAUCGAGCACGCUGUCAAACGAGGCGCCGUGGAUCCUCACAGUGGCCGCGAGCACCAUGGACAGGAACAUAAGGGUGACGGUGACGCUCGGCAAUGGUCUCUCAUUCGACGGCGAGUCCCUCUACCAGCCAAGCUCGUUCCCUCCCACUCUCUACCCUUUAGUGUACGCCGGAGCCAGCGGGAACCCGGACACUGUCUUCUGCGGCAUUGGUUCGUUCGACGGCUUCGACGUCAAGGGCAAGAUAGUGCUGUGCGAGCGCGGCGGAGGCAUCGGAAGGAUCGAUAAGGGCACCGCCGUACAGAGUGCAGGCGGCAUCGGCAUGAUCCUUAUGAACCAGGCCGCGGACGGGUACAGUACGCUCGCCGACGCUCAUGUCCUCCCUGCCUCGCACGUCAGCUUUGCUGCCGGCGAACAGAUCAAAGCCUACAUCAACUCCUUGGCCAGCCCAACGGCGGCGCUCCUGUUCAAGGGCACGAUACUGGGCACGUCCCCUGCUCCGGCGAUAACAUCCUUCUCCUCGAGAGGCCCCAGUCAAGCUAGCCCUGGCAUUCUGAAGCCAGACAUCACCGGGCCCGGAGUUAAUGUCUUGGCUGCAUGGCCUUUCCCGGUCGGACCCUCCAAUUACACCGGCGUCACCUUCGACAUCAUAUCCGGCACUUCCAUGGCCACCCCUCACCUAAGUGGGAUCGCGGCUCUGAUCAAGGGCGUACACCCGGACUGGUCGCCAGCCGCCAUCAAAUCCGCCAUGAUGACGACCGCCAGCGUGCAAGACCACAGCGGAAAUCCGAUCGUGAACGAACAACUCGUCCCUGCCGACCUCUUCGCAACCGGCGCCGGCCAUGUCAACCCGGUGAAGGCCAGCAACCCCGGCCUGGUCUACGACUUAACCGCCGACGACUACAUCGGUUAUCUUUGCGGUCUGGGGUACACGAGCACUGAGGUCUCGGUGAUCGCGCGGAAGCCGAUCCUUUGCCCAACCGUCAGCAGCAUCCCGGAGAAGGACUUGAACUACCCUUCGAUCUCGGUUUCACUCGGCGGCAAGGUGACCUACACCGUGGUGAAACGGACGGUGAAGAACGUGGGCGAGGCGGCGGUCACCUACUGGGCCGAGGUUGGCGCGCCAAAUGGGACGUACGUUCGCGUCUACCCGCGGGCGCUGAGCUUCACCUACGUGAACGAAGAGAAGCAGUUCUUUGUGGUGUUCAAGAUGACAGGCGGUUGCGGUUGCGUAGGUGCGGCUCAGGGCUAUUUGAAGUGGGUCUCCGUCAAGCACGAGGUACGGAGCCCGAUCUCCAUCACGUACACGAACUAGAAGAAGUGCGUCCUCUGCGCGAUUUCUAAUAAUACAGUCGGGUGUGUUGCACCACUGUGACUGCUACUUUCUUUUUCUUUGAUAUCCGAAAUGGUCACUCUAUU